AUGACUUCUUAUAUGCAAUCAUCCUUUAGUAUUCAAACAAAGACUAAUUUUGACUUUUUACAACAACCUAGUGAUUCCGAUUCUGAUAAUGAAUCUAAACAAAUGUAGAAAGGGACAUAGAAAUAAACUUAACACCGAGAUGUAAAAAAAUAAAAGAAACUUAUUGAUAUUGAAUCGAUAAGAAAUGAAUUAGGAGUGAGACCUAUUACAGAGAAUGUGAAUCCUGAAAAUUAUUAUCGUAGAUAUUCUAGAAAGAGUAUUGUAACCUUAUCCAAUAUGAUAAUACCAACAUCAUCUAUUUUAAUUGAAUAAUUAAGUUAAAUUAAAAAGAUUAAGGAAAUUAGAAAAGAAGUGCCUCCUGAGUUAUUAGGUCGUAUUUACUCUGAAUUUAGGUAUGCUAAAAAAUAUAUUUAGAUUUCAAUCAGUACCAUAAUUGAAUCCUGUUUAUCGAUAAGGAGAUUAAAAUAAGAGAUUUUAUAUAAUAUUAGAAGGAAAGGUGGUAGUGAUGAAACCAAAAGAGAAGAUGGUUGGAUCUAAUAAGUUGGAUUACAAUGAGAAUUCAAAGCCUGUUAAAAGGACAGAUUAGGAUCCAUAUGGAUUGAAUAGUGUGUUCCCAGAUUACAUUAUAUUGAAAAUACUAUUUUAAGGAGAGUAUGUAAAUAAAGAGCUAUAAAAGUUCAUUUGGAGAGGCUGCUAUUAAGUUAGACACAGCUAGAUCAUCAACCGUUUAUGCAUUAGAAUAGACUCAUUUAAUAUACUUGAGUGAAAUGGCAUAUUUAGAAUUAAUCAAUCCUUAUAUGAGUGCUGCAUUAGAUAAUAAAAUAAAUUACUUUUCCAAAACUCCUUUAUUUUAAUUUAUUGAACCAUCAGAAUUUAUGGGUAUAAUUUUAGAAUGUAAAAUGAUAACACAUCAUGCUGGUGAAAUUUUAUAUAAGGAGGAUGAUAAAGCUACUCAUAUCUAUUUUAUAAUUGAUGGUGAGAUUGAAUUAUCAAAAAAAGUAGGUUAAAAACAAAUAAUUUUAUCAUCAUAUGGAUAAUAUUAAGGAUUUGGAGAAGUUGAAAUAAUGUUAAAAAUUUCUCGAUUCAAUAAGGCUAAAGUUAUUACACCAAAAUUACAUGUGUAUAGAAUAAGAAAGAGAUAAUUCUUUGAUAAUUUAGGUAAUUAUUCUAUUUUUGAAAAUAUGAAAAAGAAUUCAAAUAUUAUAUUUAAACAUUGGUAAAAUAAAUGUGAAGCUGCUUAAUAGACUAUUCAACAAUAAGAUGAAGUAAAAUAGUUUUAUAUAUAAUUAGAUUUUUAAGGCUGCCCAGGAUGUUUAAUAAAAUAAACCAAAUUUUUAAGCUAAACAUAUUCUUAAUAAGAAAUUAGUUGAAUCUCAAGGAUAAAAACUAUCUUAAGUUAAAUUAUUAUAGAAUAUUACAGAUGAAGAUCUAAAGAGCAUGAAAAUAGUUAAUACUUAAAAUUAAAGUGUGUUAUAAAAAGUAUACAGCAAUACUUUGCAACAAUAUUAAGCAAGAUUAUUGAAGAAACCAUAAGUAGUUUAAUAAUCUCAAGAUGAAAAUUGUAUUAGAAAUUAAUUUACAAUAAAAACAUAAGCUGACGUUUAGAAUGAAAAUAGCACUGAAUUUACUUCAUUAACAUCUAGAUCUUCUUAACCAGUGAUUAAGACUGAGAAUGUUCAUUAAUCUUAUGGAUAAUUGCCUUCGCUUCACAUACCCUAAAAUCCUCCAUUAUAGACAGUAUUAGACACUCUUAGCACACUUCCUAGAGUGCAUAAAGAUAAUCUUGUUUUGUCUUUGAUGUAUUAAUAGGCUUUCAAAUCAGAGAAUCCAGAGAAGAAAGCUAAAUAGAUUUAAAAGGUGAUUUAGGCAUCUUAUAGAAAUGUGUAAAAGCAAUUCGAAUCAAAAAUUCAUCAUUAAAGUGAUAUCAACAAUAUUAGCAAUAAUUAGUCUAUUGAUAAACUAAGAUUGAAAUUUAAAUCAAGUAAAACUAAUGAUCUCAAUUCAACCAGAAGUAAUUAUGUGAGUUUUGUUCAAUAAAAAUAAUUAUGUUCUUAAAUCAAUUGA